AUGGGUGCAGGACAGUCAAAGUCAGACCAUGGAGACCCGGAUGACUCAAUCAAGAUUCCUGUUCAGUUCUCUCCGGGUGUCGUGAACCAACUCGCAGACGCAUCCGCCACGCCCGACCCCUCACCCGAACGUCAGUCCUCCAUCGACGCACAAAUACGGUCGCGAAUCAGCGCUGAGAUACAAAGAUUGCGACGUGAGGAGGAAGAGGUACGGAGGGAGAUUGAGGCGUCGUUGGAGAAGGAGAACCUCGAUCGUGAAAUUGGGACUGGAUCUCCCACUGAAGACACGACGUCGGAGAAUGAAGAAGAGGAGGGAGAGGGAGAGGAUGGCUCACGAAAACGACUGAAUAGCACUGUGCUAUUGGGGGAUUUGGAGGAAGUGAAACAACGGGUUGACAAGUUCCGGUCAAAGAAGGAGGAGGUUGAGCAGCAUCCUGCUGAGCAGGCUGCUCGUGCGCUGUCCACUUGCUAUGCGAAUAAUCCUGGAAAGCCUCUUGACUGUUGGCGAGAAGUAUCUGCCUUCAAAGCAUCCGUCGCACAAUUAGAGCAGGAUUACAUUGCUUCUUUUCGAUGA